AUGCGUAUCUCGGUGCAGCGCCGCCUGGGUCUCCCCCUCGACAUGGCCUGCCAGGCUGCGGCGGCGGGCAAGAAAGACUCGAAACAAGAAGACCCAAGACGAGUCUCGGCGAUGCUGCUGUCAAUGUUCCGCAGCAUCAGACACAAGUACACGCUUCGACGCCUCAUCCUCGCCCUACGCGCCGCGUGGGGCACCGCUGUGCGAAUCGAGCCGCCAAACCACCUCGGCGCUCCGGGCAAAAACUACUUCUUCUGGCAGGAGCCAGACGUGCUCUACCCGCCGCCGCCGCAGCCGGUCGCACUGCACGCGGCGGAGCACGGCUGCACGGGCAACCUGUACCGGUCGGAGAAGGACUUUCUGGUGCAGGGUCGGAUCGACUGCGGCGGGGGCACGCCGGGCAAGCCUCCAGCGCCAAAGGUGGAGAAGGGAGGCUGUCCCGACGGCGUGCCUCCGCCCACCGACCGAAAGCGGUGCCCUUCGCACGACCCGAAGUGCGGCUGCCACGGCCCUCUGAUGGGCAAGGGGAUGGUGGGGUGGGCGGGCGGCAGCGCGGGGCCGGACUUUUUUGUGUACAGCGCCCACAUGGACCCCGCAAGGUGCGCCGUCGGUGGGUGCGUGGCGACGCACUGGUCGCACGACCACACUGUCUGGGCUGAGGUCGCGGACGACGAGACGUGGGCUGCCAUCGGCAAGCUGUACGCGCUGCCCGUGCGGAAGGGCGGGAUGACCUUCUUUGCGAAGGAGGUCCCGAUCUCCGUGGGGUGGGCGUGA